AUGGUGCUAAGACGAUGUCGGCAGGACACCGAUCGGCUAUUCUUCGACUAUGAUAUCAUCGAUGGCGAAGUUGAACAGGAAGGCUACGAAGAAGAAGAAGUCGAAGCUUUCUAUAUAGACCUAGAGAAGUUCUACCGAGAUGAUCAUGCCUUCUACAAGGUCAUAGUUGGCGAUUUCAACGCUAAGGUUGGCCCAAGAAGAACGCCGGAGGAACUUCACAUCGGGACCCACGGUCUACAAUGGAAUGACCAGGGAGAGAGGCUCGCCGAGUUCAUCAUGACGACUAAGACCAUCCAUGGGAACUCGCAAUUUCAGAAGCCCUCUUCUUUACGCUGGAGGUGGGAGUCACGCGGUGGAGGGUACCGUAAUGAAAUAGACCACAUCAUCGUCAAUAAAAGAGAGAGAAAUCUUUGGGAAUGGGAUCUCUUCGCUACGCUAACCGGCUUUUGGGAAGAUUCCGCAAUGGACAACAUCGACAAGGAAUAUGACCGGCUCAUUGAACACCUUCACGACUGCGGGAAGAAGGAUGAGAGUUUUAAAACAACCAAGAGACGCCUGUCUCUUGAAACUCUUGAGCUGAUACGCCAAGAGGCGAUAAAGGAAGACCUUAAAGAGAGAAGAGCAGAAGUGCUGGCUGAGGCUGCAGAAGCGGGGAAAAGCAUCCGCUAUGGCUGUCGAAACUUCGCCAGUCGCAAGAAGAGGAUGACUACUCUCCGGAUCCCGAGGGGAACAACCAUUGCAUCGAGAAGGGGGAUGGAGAAAUUCAUCUACGACUUCUACUCCGACUUCUUCGACAGCCAUGUCCACUUGCCUCCUCACCAUUUGAGGGAAGACGGACAUGUCAUUCCAGAGGUUCUCCCGUCCCGACAUGCUAUCAUGUCGAUAAGAAAUCGAACGGCACCCGAUCCCGACAGAAUAAGACCAGAACAACUGAAGGACCUUCCGCCAGUACUCAUCAACAUCCUGGCGAGGAUCUUUACACGUUACCUAUCGGAAUUCAAGGUUCCUAAACAGUGGAAGACCAGCAAUACCGUGUUGUUGUAA